AUGCCCUUUAGAAGUGAUACGCCCAGGACCUCCUUCCUUCCCGUCCGCCAGGCUUCCAUCUCCGCCAUGCCGUCGCCAGCCUUGUUGGUCCCUUGCAAGCAGGAGGACGUUCAGCCGCAAACACUCGACAGCCAUGAGCAGCUCUUCGAACCGCCGGCGGGGCCGUCGGACCUCUCGUUCAUGGAUUACGACUAUCCCUGCCAGCAUCCGGACUUCCCCAAUUACGACGUCGGCGCAUCAUCGCAUCCGCCGCCGCCGCUCGACUAUGGUCAGCAAUACUCGUACGCUUCGCCUGACUACGAUCCGACCUGCCCCAGGACCUUCUCCAGCUUGGGCCCCGACCACUUCUCCGACGUCUGCUUUCCAGCGGGCUAUCAGUUUCCUGGCCAGCAGCAGGGCUUCUACUUUCCUGGCCAUGGCUAUCAGGUGCCCUCGCCGCCGGUCGAGUGUCCGGCCAGGAGCCAGUCUCCCGCACACAUGGACGCUGGCUUCUAUCCCACGCCUGCCUCGCAUUGCUUGCCGUUCCGCGACACUCACCUGAGGCAGGAGUUUGGCCAAGUGCCCCACGAUGACCGCGGCGGCCUUGAAAACGAGCAGGAUGACAAGAAUGAUGACAAGAACGAGCCGUACGCGAAGCUCAUUUACCGAGCGCUCAUGGAGAAGCCAGGCCACACGAUGGUGUUGCGGGAUAUCUAUGCCUGGUUUCAGCACUACACCGACAAGCCCAAGGAAAGCAACACCAAGGGGUGGCAAAACAGCAUCCGGCACAAUCUUUCGAUGAAUGGGGCCUUCCAGAAGGUCGAGCAGCCGGUAGGAGAGGACUCAAAGAAGGCUAAUAUGUGGCGCCUGACCGACGAAGCGAUUCGUGAGGGCGUCAAGUCGACAACGCGCUAUCGCAAGAAGGAGCAGCAGAGGCGUACUGCGAGGCACGCCCACAACCCGCACCACCGUCCGUCUGCCCAGCGACAAGCCGCUGGCGCCAAGGGCGGGGAUGCAACCAAACGCUCUUCAGAAAAGCGACAGGUGCAGCAGCGACAGCGGCCUGACCAAGACCUCUUCGAACACGGGCUCGGCAUCAUCCAUCCGGAAGACCAACCCUACCCGAACCCAUACGCUUAUUACAUGCAGCAGCAGGAAGAGGACUCGGAGUCCAGGUGCACAUCGCUUUCCCCUUACCAGUCUUUCCCGCAAAGCCCAAUGCAAGACCAAAGCUGGGGCUGCAAUACCAUGUCCGACGUCCCCUCCCUGUUCGCCCCCGCUACUGCCUACUUCCCCGCCGGGUCGUUUGGUGGCGCGCGCCUAGGUUUUACACCUUCGACCACCCCGUCGCCGUCUGACCCGGGUGAUCCGCCGACCCCUGCCAACAACCCGGGAGGCUUGGACGUGGACCCUGAUGGUCACCUGGUGCCGCCUGCACCCACGACUUUCUUUGAGGUCGAGGGUGCUCUGAUGUAG